AUGACAAAAUUUCUUUAUGCAACUAUUGUACUAUGUUAUCUUGUCGAUCAUUUUGACUUGGGAAUAUUUGCGCAGGCAGCUGCAAGUAUUUAAUAAGAUCUAAAAAUCACAUAAUCUGGUGUUGGACUUUUAGAAUCAGGAAUGUACAUUGGAAACAUUAUUGGUUGUAUACUGUGCCCAUUUUUAUUUAAAAUAAUUUCUUCAAAAUGGUUAAUCAUUAAUGCUAGUAUACUCAAUGCACUAUUACUUUGCCCUUUCUAUUUUUCAAGCAAUUUCUGGCUUUUAGUUUCAUGCAGAAUAAUUCUCGGUAUUUUCCAAGUCAUCUUUGUAGUGUAUUUCCCAGUAUGGAUUGAUUAAUGCGCUCCAAAACAUCUGAGAACAAUAUGGUUAACAGUAAUGUUUCUUUAAGUUCCACUUGGAAUAGUUCUUGGUUAUGGAGGGGCUGCUCUUCUUAAAUCUGUUGCUUCUUGGAAAUGGGCUUUCAUGCUUCAAACUGUAAUUAUGAUUGCUCCACUACCAAUUUUGUUUGCUUUAAUUCCAAAGAUUUACUACACAGCAGGUCCAGAAUAGAAGGAAGAUGAAUAGUAAAUAAUGCUAACAAGAUGGUCUGAGGGUUAAAAUGAUGAUAAAGCAAUAAGAACUAUAGGAAAUAGCGUUCCUUUUAGUCCAAAUGGGUCUAGAAGAAUUGACAUGGAUAUUAUAUCAUUAGAAGUUUUAAGGAAUUCCUUGGAUUAAUCAUAAGACCAAACUAUGAUUAAAAAGUCAGAAUCAUAUGAUGCUAAUUAAGAAUUAGAGAAAUCAAAAGAAGUUAAGCAAGAGGAAUAUCAAAUAAAAGAGUUGCCUCUUGGUAGAGUUGUAUAUAAUCUUUUACUUAACCCCUCCUACAUAUUUUCAAUCAUUUCUAUGACUAAUAUCUGCUUCAUAGUCACUGGAUUAUAAUAUUGGGCAACAUAUUACAUGAUUAAAGUUCUUAAUGGCUCAGAAGCAAAAGUUAACCUAUUAUAUUCAGCUACAGUCAUAACUGGACCUGCAGUUGGUGCACUUUCAGGGGGCAUAUUCUCUACGAAAUUUCUAGGAGGAUAUACUAGCUCAAAAGCAAUUUAUUUCUGCUUUAUAACUUUUCUAUGUUUGAUUGUGGUUUCUAUACCAAUGCCUUACACAGAUAAUAUAUAUCUAGCAAUGGGUCUUGUCUGGCUGUAAUUAUUUUUCGGAGGAGCAAUUGAGCCUAAUCUUACAGGUAUAAUUCUUAAUACAGUUUCAGCUAUAGAGAGACCUACAGCUUCUUCUUUUGCAAUAUUAUUUUAUAAUGUGUUCGGGUAUCUACCAGCUCCAUAUUUCUACGGAUUGCUGGCUGAUUGGACAGCAGAAUACAAUUCUGAAGGAGAAAAUAUAUCAAGAAUCCCGAUCAAAGUGCUUAUGUAUUCAAGUACACUCGGUGCUCUUUCCUUAUUUUUAGCUAUAUUGUUAAGGAGAAGAUCUUAGCUAGCUGGCUUUAAAAGAGUUUGCUCUUCUAUUGAGCGAAGUAAUGAGAACAUACCCAAAGAAAAAAUAGCUGAAAUGAUAGUAAGAACUUAGUUAGCUUCUAAUAAUGAUUAAAGUGACAGUAAAGCCCUUGAAAAAUUUGUAAACACAUUGUCCCUUGGUAAUAAAAUUAUUGACAUUUCAGGUAAAUCUAUUGAUUAUUCCCAGCAGCUUUUGGAUAAUAAAAAUUCUGUUAAUAGCCCAAAUGAGGACAUCAAUGAAGAUGCUAAUAAGAUAAAGUUUAGAUUAGACAAUCAGGAUAGAAAUUAAAUGCUAACAGGAGACUAGAGAAUUUUUAGGUCUAACCAAGAUUUUUCAAAUAAGGAGAAGGAAAUGCUCAGAAGGACUCAUGGAAUGACCAUACUCCUUUCUAGAAGUGCUCAGAUAAUAACUCAAUGA